UUGAAGAAGAGUUCAGCUUCUCGGCUUGUUUUUGUGUCACAGUUUCUCUCCUCCUGCGCCUCUCCGGCUUCGUGCCGCCCUCCCCGCCCGCCCUCUCCUCCCCGCCGCAGGAGGAGCCCCCCGCGGAGAGGGGAAAGGAAAAGGACCCCACAGAGGCGAGAGCGAGCGAAGAGGAGGAGGAGAAGGGAGCAACCUACCAUCUUCCACUCCCCGCUUAGCUUAAAGAAAGUGAGAGGAGGAGAGAGAGAGAGGCGCCCAGAAGAGGGGGACAGGGAGGCCCAGAGGAGCGGCGGCGCCGGCACCCUCCCCCUAUGAAGAAGAGUCCUCCCCCUCACAGAGAGGUCCUGCCAGGGGGACCCCGGCCGGCCCGCAGCACCACCGCCGCCGCCAGCAGGCGCCGGGAAAAUUCCGUUUCUUCAGCAACUUGUUAUUCCGGAGCCGGGCCUGCCCCUCUCGCCCUGGGGCUGCCCUUCCCGCACAGGUACGGGGCCGGGGGCCGGGGGUGCCCACUCCUGCUCCGGCAUUAGGAGAGAGUGGAGAGCUGAAAGGGAUAACUUACUCAAAACUGGACUGGUGUUAAAGAGGGAACCAGAAACUAAAGGCACUGGAAUCAGCAAAGACACUUUUAGAAAAAGUGGAGAAGGUAGAGAAUGGAGCUGCAGACUCUACAGGAGGCUCUGAAAGUGGAAAUUCAGGUUCACCAGAAAUUGGUUGCCCAAAUGAAGCAAGAUCCACAGAUAUUUUUUCUUUCUAAUCAGAACGCUGAUUUGAAGAAACAGCUUCAUGAACUUCAAGCCAAAAUCACAGCUCUGAGUGAGAAACAGAAAAGAGUGGUGGAACAGCUUCGAAAGAAUUUGAUAGUGAAGCAGGAACAGCCAGACAGUAAGUUUCAAAUACAGCCAUUGGCACAGUCAGAAAACAAACUACAGACACCACAGCCGCAACCACUACAACAGCUACAGCAACAUCACCAUCAACAGCAGCAGCAGUCCACUGCACCCUCUCCAAACGUGAUAGGAUCACAGAAAACUGUAACUACAGCUUCUAUGAUCACCACUAAGACACUACCUCUCGUCUUGAAAGCAGCAACUGCGACCAUGCCUGCCUCUGUUGUGGGUCAGAGACCUACCAUUGCCAUGGUUACUGCUAUCAACAACAAUCAGAAAGCAGUCCUCAGCACUGAUGCGCAGAAUGCACCAGUCAACCUCCAGACAACAAAUAAGGUCACUGGGCCAGGAGCUGAGGCAGUCCAAAUAGUGACAAAAAACACAGUAACUUUGCAGGUUCAGGCUACGCCACAGCCCAUAAAAGUGCCGCAGUUCAUCCCUCCUCCCAGACUUACUCCUCGUCCAAAUUUUCUUCCGCAGGUUCGACCUAAACCAGUUGCCCAAAAUAACAUUCCUAUUGCCCCUGCACCUCCUCCAAUGCUUGCAGCUCCUCAGCUUAUUCAGAGGCCUGUGAUGUUGACAACGAAGUUCACACCCACCUCUUUACCCAACUCUCAGAACUCCAUACAUCCAGUUCGUGUAGUUAACGGGCAGACAGCAACCAUAGCCAAAACUUUCCCUAUGGCACAGCUCACCAGCAUUGUGAUAGCAGCACCGGGUACCAGGCUUGCUGGACCUCAGACUGUACAGAUCAGCAAACCAAACGUUGAAAAACAGACUAUUAAACCACAUGUGGAAACAGAAGAGAAGCAAACAGAAAGUCGUACAGUUACUCCACCUGCUGCACCGAAGCCAAAACGAGAAGAAAAUCCACAGAAACUUGCCUUCAUGGUGUCUCUGGGACUAGUUACUCAUGACCACCUGGAAGAAAUCCAAAGUAAGCGACAAGAGAGGAAAAGAAGAACAACAGCAAAUCCAGUGUACAGUGGAGCUGUUUUUGAGCCUGAGCGCAAGAAGAGUACAGUCACGUACCUGAACAGCACAAUGCAUCCUGGGACACGUAAAAGAGGUCGUCCACCUAAAUACAACACGGUGUUGGGGUUUGGGGCUUUGAUGCCCACAUCCCCUCUGUCCAGUUAUCCUGACUCCCCUGAAAAUGAAAAGACAGAGACCACAUUUACUUUUCCCGCAGCUGUUCAGCCUGUGUCCCUGCCUAGCCCCAGCUCUACAGACGGUGAUAUCCAUGAGGAUUUUUGCAGUGUUUGCAGAAAAAGCGGGCAAUUGCUGAUGUGUGACACCUGUUCACGUGUUUAUCACCUGGACUGUCUGGACCCGCCUCUGAAAACCAUUCCCAAGGGCAUGUGGAUCUGUCCCAAAUGUCAAGACCAGAUGCUAAAGAAGGAAGAAGCAAUCCCAUGGCCGGGAACUUUAGCAAUCGUUCAUUCAUAUAUUGCAUAUAAAGCAGCAAAAGAAGAGGAAAAACAGAAACUACUUAAAUGGAGUUCAGAUUUAAAACAGGAAAGAGAACAACUAGAGCAGAAGGUCAAACAGCUCAGCAAUUCUAUAACAAAAUGCAUGGAAAUGAAGAAUACCAUCCUUGCAAAACAGAAGGAGAUGCACAGCUCCUUGGAGAAGGUAAAACAGCUGAUCCGCCUCAUUCAAGGCAUCGACCUUUCAAAACCCAUAAACUCUGAGGUCAAUUCAGUAGCCAUCUCCAACGGCAUGGACUCCACUAACAAUACUAAUGCUGCCACCUCCACCUUAGCCCCCUCCCCUUCCCAGAGCUGCAUGGUGAACUGUAACAAGGGCGAUGAGACUAAAUAACACAGUGAAGUUAAGAAGGAGCCAAGGGAGGUGGCGGCGAGGAGAAAGAGCAAAAUAAAGAAACUCUAGAAAAGCAAAACUGGAUUUCUUCUGGAAAGUGCAGAAUUCUUUAGUUCUUUGGUUCCAGAGAGAGCGUGAAGAUGCUUGUGCCAGGCGGCACCGGAGUUUGCCAAUUGAUCCUUCUUAUUCUGUGUGUACAUGCGAAGUUUGGAUCAUGUUACAUGAAUAGUGCCAGCUGGGGGUUCUUUGCCAGCACCAUGCCAAGUGAAAUAAUAUAUUUACUCUCUCUAUAUUUUACACCAGUGUGUGCCUGCAGCAGCCUCCACAGCCACUAUAGGUUUGUUUUAUUUUUGUUUGGGGUGAGGAGCAGGGAUAAGGGAGGAGAGCAGGUUUCAAGUUCCUAUUUGCAGAACAGUUUGUUUAGCUAGGGGAAAACAAAAACAAGUCCAAAGAGCCUAUGGGCUUUUCCUGUUUCUAAACUCUCAGUACUAUUAAACCAAAAAAAACAGAAAUAUAAAUUAUCAAAUCCCAGUGCCCAGAAGGGACAAGUCUAUCAAAUAAGCAGUAUUUACUAUUGUUUAGACAGGAGAUUUACAAAAGGAAAGGAGAUGGACUUUUCACUGAGUAACCAGCACAUAUAAUCAUAUAAUCAUAGUAUAUGCUGAGUUGGAAGGGACCCACCAGGAUUAUCGAGUCCAACUCCUGGCCCUGUGCAGGACACCCCAAGAAUCACACCAUGUGCCUGAGAGCAUUGUCAGAACGCUUCUUGAACUCAACCAGGCUUGGUGCUGUGACCACUUCCCUGGGGAGCCUGUUUCAGUGCUCAACCACACUCUGGGUGAAAAACCUUUUCCUGCUAUCUAAUCUAAACCUCUCCUGACUCAGCUUCAUGCCGUUUCCUUGAGUCCUGUCACUGGUCACAAGUGUGAAAAGAUCAGUACCUGCCCCUCUGCUUCCCCUCACAUGUAUAGGCUGAGGAUCUACUGUCCCAACAGCUUGGGGUUAAUCCUGUUUCUUCACAUUAAACAACAGACUUGCUUUGCAGAAUUGGUUUGGGUCCUCACAUUCAUCCAGAAAGUCUAUGUUGGGAAUGGGAAAAUGAGGGCCAGAAUUCAGGGUCAGCUUGGAGCAUUGGAUGGAGGUGUCUCAAGAGAAAAUGUGCAUCAAUUACUUGAAAAUGAGAUUUCAGCCCUUUUCUGUAUUUAUAAACAACAAAGGUAUCCUGAACAAAGUAGCACAUAACCCAGAUGUGUGAACUCAACAGAGAAAUGUCCUUUUCUUUCACUUCCUUUCUCUUCUUUUGGUAACAAGAACUAAAUAAGGAAUAGAAAAGCUGUUUUUCAGGCUGACAGUCUAAUUAAAGAGGUAGAUGGGACCUUGCAUGGUAUAGAUUAGAAGUAAUAGUGUCAGUGAGAUACAGUGAGUCUUUGUGAGUCCUUGUGUCAUCGUUUUGGGCACUGUUUUUUUAUGCAAGGGCAAAAUCUUUGUAUCUGGGGGAAAAAAAACAACUUUUUUAAAUUAAAAAGGAAAAUAAAAGAUAUUGAGGUCUUCCUAGUGUUACUUAAAAUAAGAUCAAGGUAAGAAACAUUGUAAAAAAAUUACAAAAGUGCUAUUUGUUUCCUAAACAAGUGAUUUCUAUUAAAAAGGUGUCAGAACUGGAGAAAAUGCUGUGUACUUAGAAUUUUUUAACACAGACUUUGCUUAUUUAUGAUCACAUUCUGCUGUGUUUGUGUUUUAAAAUCAAAUGGGACAGUUUCAGUAGAUUAUACCAUACAUCUACUGGCUAAACUCUAAAGAGAAUCAAAUCCUACAGUGCUGGAUCUCACCCCACCUGGAGGAUCGGCCAGGCUUGUCUCUGUUGUUACCAUCUUUUCCCCAUUCUUUCAUGUGUUUGUAACCCAGAGAAAAGCAAUUGACAAUGUGCUUGUUUAAGGUUUUUACAGUUUUGUGAUAUGGACUGAUUAGAGCUUGAGGAUGAAAGACAGUGAGUUGGUUGGACUGAAAUCGCCUUCCAUUAUCUCGUCUUGUUUAAGAAGUUCAUCUCUUAAGUAUAAUCUUUUCACUCUAGACAGCAAAGCUUGCCUUGUGCUUCCUGACUGUGGGGUCUGUCUCAGUUUAGGGUGCUGAUUGUGGUCAUGCUGGACUGUGUCCCACCCAGAGCUGUCUAGUUUCACUACUGCAUAUAAACAUUUGGGCAAAGCCCGUUUCCACUGGAAGUACUUGGAAAGCUCCCUUUACUUCUGGUGGGAGCAGAGUUGAGCUACUAUGUACACAAUGUGAGGCAGUGUCUCCGGUGUGGUGGCCUUGAGAGCACGAGUUGGGUGGCGAGGCAGACCUGCUCAGCCAUUUCUAGUGGAAGGUAGAAAAGCUUUGGAUUUCAGGGAUGCAUUUCUGAGUCAGAAGAAGUGAAUACUCCACUAAAUAGCCUGAGACGGUUUCUUUGCUGCCACAGCUAAAUGGGCUUCUGUGGGGUUCUUAGAGCUGUUUUCCUCCCUCUCCCUUAGGUUGCCCUUCUGCCCUUUAAGGACUUUUUAUUCCUUCUGUAGGAGUGUGCACUAUUUUCAGCUCUGAGCUCAGAACUGAUAUCCUGAGUUCUCACAUUUGUCUGCAGUUGGGAAAGUGACUCUUAGGUGCACUUCUCAGCUGUGAUAACCUCGACUCUGUCUUUUGAUGCUUGAGUUCUGUUCUGGAACUAGUGGAGCUGGAAGGAUAAGGUAGCACGAGUGGCAGGGAGACAGCUGGGCAGACAACAUCAAAACUGAUCGUACUAAAAAUGUCCUUGCAUCAAUCCAGUUACCAGUGGGGGUCAUCACCACAGGGCAGCACUGGGCCAGAAACCCAUAGCGUUUAAACAAAGGACUGUCAAUUUCCAGGGUGGAAGAGAGAAAGCAAACUGAACAUGAGCCUUCUUUCCAUAGAAUAUGAGCCAUCAGCUAAUGGUCAGAUAUUCAGGAGAAACUGCCUUUUUGAACAGGUUGCUCUUUAGUUGUCCACUUGGAUAAUUCUUAACAUCAUCUUCUGAAGCAUCGAGCACAUUCCUGGUAAGAGACAGUCUCAGGGAUAGGUGUGCUGAGUCUUCAUGGUUCUCAUGUUGUUUGUGGUGUUACCUGCUGAACUCUCUUGGAAACACUGCAGUAUUUGGAGGUAGCAGGCUAUGCCUGGAGACUAGAUAGUCCUUCUGUUUUCUUUGCUGAUUCAGGAGGGAAUGGAAGUGAAAUUCACUAGUAGCCAUAUUUAAAUUUGAGCACAGUUAACCAGACAGGAGAUGUUAAAGCAGCUGUUACUGCUUUUCUGAGGCAUCUUGUCUCCAGAAUCCAAGUAGAUAAGACUUUUAUGUCCCUUUUGUUACAGCAUUUGUGUUCCAGACUGUAAAAGGAUGCAUUUAGUUAAUCAUUACCUGGCAGAUCUUAGACUUUUUGAUACUGCUUAGGUAGUUUUCUCUCUCUCCCACUGAUCCUGUUCAGAUGCUUUUUCUCCCGGCUCUGCAACAGUCUGGAGCAAGGAGCAUUCCCAGAGCUGCAGUGGCGCUGGCAAUGAUGCUGCUAUGUAGACAGAGUAAAUUGGGAUUAUCUCUGCCCAAUUACCAAUAAUAGGGUGGAAGGGGAAUUGGCAUUUGCUAAAUACAGAGGAAAAUAGAUUUUUUUUUUCUAGCUGCUCUAAGAGGUUCCAAUCAAGGAAGAAAUUUAAACUCUUUGACAGCUUAAAGCUCAAGUUUGUGUUCUGGGUUUAUAUUGGUUUGGGGGUUUUUCUCAUGUAAUGUUUGAGAUAGAAUGAGUUUGCACUAAAACUUCUGUUCUUUGGGAAGCUGUCAUAUUGAAUGUGGUUUUGUAUUUCCAAACCACCACCAAGAUAUUAACUAAUUCUUAUGUCACUGCUUGCCAUUGGUGGGAAACAAGUGGCUUUUAAAUCUCUGUUACAAGGGAAGCGAUGAGACCACAAAGGAAACUCAUAUCAGAGACAAUCCUGGCUCUCAGCCCAGUGCUAAGGACUUUAAGAAGUACCCUGCUCCUUUGCUCAGAAAUUGCUCAGAGCAAGUGCUGCAGUUGUUUUUUCCCUUCUCCUUGCAAUCUGUUCUUUAAACAGCUGGAAAGGUGCAUAGUGGUCAGAGUGGCAAAAUGAGCAUGUGACCUGGCUAGAAGGAUUAGUACUGUCAUUAUUAUUCUCAUUAUUUUUGUUUAGAGCCAGCAGUGAUUUUAGUGCUGUACAAAACCCAGUAAAAGCAAUAGUUCUAGGGAUAAUUGGCAGAUAGAGUGAGUAGCAUGGCUGAUUCUUCCAGGGCAUCAUUUUUAGCCAGGAGCUACCAUGUUGGUGGGAUGAAUUAAUGUUUUGCAUUAGCAAAACAGGGCUUUGUUCUAUGUCGUAAGCAAGUUUCUGUCGGUGGGGGUAGGAAUUAAAAGCUGCUACCCUAGAAAUUAAAAAGGUGAUCGUUUUAUGGGCAGACCUGUUAGUUUUAUUGUUGGUAGAAAAACAAUAUUGUAGUUUAUCCUUCCUAGCUGACCAGGCUUAAGAAAGCAAGUCUAUAUUCCAUCUGUUUAGAAAUGUGAACCCUAAUUCUGACCUCCUUGGCUUCAAAUCAUCUUCUUACAUGUACUGUUGCAGAGAUAGCCCUGAAAAGCAACGUGGUCAGCAUUCAGGAGAACCCAGAGUGAAAUCUCCCUCUUAGGCCCACCAAGCUGUGACAGCCCACAAUACAGGGAGUAAACUCUGAAAUUUCCUUCCCAUGUGGAUACAGUGGGAAAUAUUUGUGAAUUUGUAGUGUGCAUGUUUCUCUUUCUUUCCCCAGCUGGGUCGCACACUGCUCUCUUUGCUUCUGAAGCACUAAUGAUGAAUACACGUUUUUUAAUGAAAUGUGUUUUUAAAAUAACAUGGGUUUAAAAUAUAUAUUAAGAUGUUAAACCAAAAUUCACUGUUUUACUGAGGGCCUCUCUCAACUAACUGCUCAGAUAAUCACUGAAAUACCGAUAUUACACUUCCUUGUCGACCACUCCCCUUUGGGCAGAGUUUGUUGUGUCUUUUUAGGGCUGACCCUUUUUCACCUCCAUUUGUCCUCCCUUGGAAUUCUGAAGAUCGGGGCAAGUUCAGCCUUGCUGGGUUACUGCAGAGAGUUUUCUGAGAAGUCUGUAGGAGUCAGGAACCUGGAGAAAGAGGAAGAUGUUUUGUCAUGCAGCUAACUCAUUUGGCACUUAGGCUUGCCUGGCCAAAAAACUACCUCAGCAAAGGCCAUUCCCGAGCACUAUGUGGAUUCUGUAGUUUCUGGCAUUCAGAAGGCAAAAGUUCUCCAAAGAACCCUCCAACAGCCAGCUAGGUACUGGUGUCUGAGGGCAUGCGAGUGAACCUUGCAGCGACAUGCUGUUGGAUCCUUGUUUUCAGUGGUCAGACCUGGACCAGGGAAUGACUCAAAAAUCAGAUGGGAUCAGGAAAAGAUGAUAGCUGCAGACAUCUUGUCUCCUGGUUAUUGCCAUCUUACUCAGACCCUUCUUUAAGCUCAGUCCUGUUUGUAACUCUACAGAAUGGAAUGUAAUACUUGAAAAGUAUGACUCUCUCUAUCCUUUUUCUUUAGCUUCCAUUUGCCCCCUGUUUCUCUCUUAUCUGGGAUAAGAAGUUUCUGCAUCAUUGUGUCUUGUAUAGGCUGAGCACAUAGUUGAUCAACUUGCCAAUAAAGAAAAUUAUUUAUACCAUGCACUGGUAAGCUUGGUAAUUACAGACCCAUGAAAAGACAAAACACCUCUCUCAGAGGUUAAUUUAAGAUGUGGGCUUGUUUCAGAAAACCAAGACCUUACCUGUGUGAGAGUCUGUCUGUAUCCCUGUCAGUAUUACUAAAAUGAGUGGUGAACAAAAAAGAGGCUUGUCAAGAGAACCAGUGCUGUGAAAAUCGCUGUGCUGUGCAAGUCCCUGGAGUGUGUCUCAUGAGAACAGCCAGGCCAGGGCUUCCCAUCUCCCUGGGCCAGAGGUGGGUGCUGCAAGGGACAAAAGAAAGGACAGAAGCCUCUUGAGAAGGCUCAGGGGGUGAGGAGUACAGGGCUGGAGAUGGGAAAGGAAGGGAGAAAGCAGGAGGAGCAAAGCAAACAAAGAUUACAUGGGGUAAAGCAGAGCAGAAAGGAAAAAUGUGGAAAGAGAAGGAGGGAAAGUGAGGGUAAGAAAAAUCCAGGAGUGAAAUAGGGCUCCAUUGUGAGGAGAUGGGUAUUCCUGCAGUUAAAGUUCAGUGGAAAGAGUAGAACAAAAUUGCUCUUUAUCCUACCUCAAUUUCGGAUGUGGGUUGAUCUGUAUUCCAAAAGGAGCAAGUGUGGUGGUAGAAGACCUGCCUGGCUGCAGGUAGGGAAUGAAGUAAGCACUAAGUCAUCCCUAGUUCUGCUUCUGCUGCUGAGUGAUCCCAUUCUGACAAGAGCCUUAUUUGACUUCUAAGCCACAACGUGGGGAUGAGGCAGAUCAAGAAGACCUUGGGGCAGCCAGAGUCUGCUCUAAUCUGGACCAUAUUAAUUAAACAUUUUCUUGGCUAGAAGUAUUCCGGAGAGUAGCUAAAGGUUCAGCUCUGCUAGUGUGGUUGCACCUUCCUAGUUCAAGUGUUACAAUUAGCCUGGUUAAAACCAGCAUCAGCUCCCAGAGGUCCUGGAUCCCACUUGAGCAAAGGAGACAAUGUGGGGCAGGACCUGUGACUUAGGUACUUUUCAGCCAUCUCUUGGAGUAUCUGUGCAAGAUUCCUGCUCUCUGGGCUGUCACAUCUGGCAGUUCUGUGCCAAAAUCCCUCCAAGCAGCAAUGCCUCCCUGUUUUCUCAGGGUGUGGAUUCUUUAGGGACACAUGCAAAGGGGCACUUCACCAGUGCACCUAGACUGUGGCAUGUGGUAAGUUUAAUGUGACCUGUCAGAAGCUGAGGGCCCUGCCUCUGGACUACAUUAAGCAGCAGCCCAUGGGACAGGCACCCUCCUGGGGGAAAACAGCUGUCCCAGCUCUCAAGUGUGAGCAGGGAGUAAGGUCUGUGUCUGUUCUUCUUCACUCUGUAGUAUCCAAGCAGGUGUCAAAUGCUUCAGAGAGAGAGAAGCUCAACCCAGUCCCUAGUUCUAGAAAGAAAGAAGUACUUAUGGGCAUGUUUACUCUCAGGAGUGCCUGGAGAACUCAAAAGCCAUGUAAGCUUGGCUCUGCCUGUCCUGGGUGGAGCUGUGGGAUGGAAAGGCAGCAGCAGCGAGCAGUAUCAAUCCAUUGGCUCUCAGCAUUUUUCACCACCUUGAGUUUGCAUCUUUUUUUCUUUUUCCUGAAUUUGCACUGGCAAAUGUAAACCUCGACCGAUUCCCGCCCUUUUGUCAUGUGCCUUGUUAGAUCUCUGUUGUUGGAAAAAUAAUGAAGUAUUGUUGCCUCUGAGCUUCAAGAUAUCACUUUUCUUAGUGAGCCCUGGGGUUGUGGCUCAGGCAGGGAAAGGAGGCAGUGGCACAGGCCAGCUCCUGGGGCUGUGUUCAGUGGCCACCCUUGAUUUUGGCCCCCCAGUGCUGAGGUUUGAUACUGCAGCAGCACUGGGAAGGUGCUGUGCGAGUACAAGGGCGGGGGCUCCCCUGGCUGCCACCCAGGUGUUGGCCUCUCAGGUGGGGCAUGCCAGAAUUGAGGGGGGAGGGAAAGAGAUGGCUCAGUGCCUCUCAUUCGCCUCUGUAAAGCAGGUACUGGCAGUUCUGACUCCAGAAGAGCAGUUUUCCAUGGCUGGGGGCAAUGGGGUAGGCAUUGUUGAAAGAAGCUCUGUGCUGGGUGCGGCAGGAGGCUGCGUGUUUCUGCUUGUUCUGGGCUACUGUGUAAUUUCUAAUCACAGUCUCAUAUUUCUUUACUUAAAUUAUUACUGACAUCAAAGCAGUGAUUGACUCUCGAGCCAGGCAUAGUCUUACCUGUCAGCUCUCCAAGGUAUGUUGUCUCUGAGUUGCUCCUGAUGCCAUAUGUGACAGGCAGCCAAGACCCUCCUUAAGGAAGGUUGUUGCUCCUGCAUAAGCCCCUGCGACUUGGUCAGCUUCCUGGCAGCCCCACGCAACCAGAGCCAGCAGGCAGUUGUGUCCCACAAGCAGCUUCACUCCAGUUACAGCUGUAGGGUCGUCCCAAACGCCGUCUUACACUGUCAGAGACAUCUUGGCUGCCUCUCAUAGCCCCACAGAAGCAAAGCAUGCCUUGCAAACUCCAUUAAGCAAAGCUUAAGCAAGGUACCAGGAGGAAGGGGGGAUCCUGCUAGUGCUGACCUGUUCAGACUCCUGCAGGGGAAGGAAAUAACUUUGCUGUGUCAACAGCAGUGAAGUGGUGGUGAGCUGCUGCUGCCUGGGAGGUCUGGUGCAGUGCUGGGGUGGAUGCCCAUGCCGAAUUUUGUCUUUGUGGGACUGACUGGCUCUAACCUGCGAACACCGUGUCGUCUGCAGCUGAGGGCAGGAGGGUUGUAAAGGCAGCUCUGCUUGUUUAGAGAAAAUACUCAGGCCUCAAUCACGGCUUCGUGUUGCUGUGAUCAUGGUGGCACCAUCUCAGUAGAUUUGUUGAUACCACCAUCCUGCCUGUGUGCUGUGCUUCAUCCCAUUCCUCCACUCCCACCCCAGUGUUUCACCCAAGACCAAGCUGUAAGCAGAAGUCCUGCCAUGGCCUCGGAGCAGGACCUGACCCUGAAGGGCUCUGUAUCCAAGCCCUGGUCCCUCCUCCAGCCUGUCUGAUUUCUCCAGGUGACUUUGGUGAACAGCCCCCCCGUUCAGGCAGUGCUGCCCUGCAGCCACGGGCCUGGUGCUGCGCGGGGAUGAUGGCAGCUUCUUUCCCAGAUGGGUUUGUGAAGGCAAAGCCAUGGCUCUGCCCUCUGUGAGCCGGUGCCACCUGUGCUGUCCCGUUCCCCACCAAUCUCCUGUCCUUGCAGGCCCUGGUGUAAAAUGCCCUUUCUGACUGGUACUGCUCUGUUGUCACAGAAUCACACCAUGAGAACACCGACUUGUGAGCUGGUUUGGGUUUUUUAAAUAUCUCUAUUUUUUUUAGCCUGAUGCUCAUAGUGAUCUGCAGUCUCUGCUGCCUUCAAGUUCCUUGUGGUUUCAGUUUUGGUACAAAUGUGUUUAGAUUUUAGCAAAUUAAAGUUGGGGGGAGGGGAUACAGAGCAUCUGAUCAAUUUGUAUUUAUUUAUUUUAACAUUUUACUAAAUAAAACACAGUAAAAUC